GAGAAGCGAGUGACGAGACAACAGGUCGGCAACGAAACCCCAGGACCUCACGACAAAUGUCGCUGCUCCGCCUCGCUCACGCCGGGCCCUGAGCUUGCCGACGAACGAGCUUAUAUCGGUGUCGGGGCGCGCAGAGUUUUCCUCGGCUGACGAGAAGUGGCAGAUCGAUUGUGGGGCGCGUAGAAAGAUCGUCGUCAUGAAGGUUGCUGGCAUGGGCGUGCCGAGCCGGAGAGUGUUGCUGGGCGUGGGCCUCGUCGGUGUGUUCUGCCUCGGGUUGUGGACGCAGAUCCAUGCCGUUACUGCCGCAGCGACCGAGAGCCCGUCCUUGGCUUUCGUGAAGAAAACCAUCGCUGCGCACCCCAUUGUGAUUUUCUCCAAGUCCUACUGCCCCUACUGCAAACGGGCCAAGUCUGUGUUCAAGCAGAUGGAUACGACACCCUACGUUGUGGAACUUGACUUGCGAGAGGACGGUGGGAGGAUUCAAGCCGCUCUUUCAGAGCUGGUGGGAAGACGCACUGUUCCGCAAGUUUUCGUCGAUGGAAAUCACAUUGGAGGCUCUGAUGAUACCCUCGAGGCAUUCAACAACGGGAAGCUGAAGAAGCUGUUGAAUACUAAGCAGUCUGGCUAUUGGAAGCAUGAUGUCGCUUGAGUUUGUGUUAUUCCUCAACCAAGGGCUAAUAAACACCUGAUGUGGGUUUACUCAUCUAAGCAGAUACUCCUAGAUCUGCAUGAGUCUGAACGUUUACCUUACUGUCAUAUCUGACAUAUUUGGCACUAGGAACGUAGGGGCUUCAGUUACCUAUUAGUCAUAUUCUACUUGGGGGAAGUGCUGAGCACAUAGGCUACGUCGUGUACAUGCUCCACCGCCGUUCUCAUAUUCCUGCUCAUCUUCCACAAUGAUUUGUCAAAAGGUUUUCACUUCAAAUCUCCACAACAUUAGUGAGGUUGAUCUUUUGCGAGAUUGAGGCGAAAUAACUCAGAAUGGAUAGUGUCAUUCAUUCAGGCCCAAACUGGAUUCCGUGGUGUUCCAUUUGUGGCGUAUUUUAGUUAUCUCGGUUGAAACUCUUUUCUCUGUUCAUGUAGCUGUGUUUGAAACUUGCUGAGGAUAUAGCGGAAAUAGGAACCACGUAUUUUCAGGAACACAAUGAGUCAUGUGUUUUUAUCAACAGUCACGGCGAGCAUGUUCCCUGGUCCGAGCUUGAAUGACAUUAAUGUAAAUAAAGAGGAGAACUCAAAGCCGGGAACUUUUAUUCAGUUCAGAGUACAUAAGAAGAGAUACACAACUACUCCUCAAACUGAUUUCCGCAAGAGGAACAAGCGCAGAGGAGUGAUGGUAAUUUGGGAUUGAAGGUUGGUGAACACUAGGCUGGCCUCAGGGUCACGGAUGUCAUAUGUUAGUGUGUAGAGGGCAUAAUAGGAAGAAAGCAGUCAUCUCUGAAGUCUGAAUGGUCUGCACUGAGUACACAGUUAUGAACAAAUCCUUGGUCGGAGGAUGGAAGGAUUCUUAUUGUCG